UUUCAUAACCAAGACCUACUCUUAAUAUACUGCUUUUAAAAGCUUUACAAUAAUAUUUAAUGACCAUGAUCAUGCAUUGUGUCUUCAUUCCUUGUAUGCUAUGACGUGUAAUGUACUCAUUAUAAAGUUCUGUUUUGUUUUUCACUGAGCCAUGCAACAUGUACUGAAACUGGCAGAACAAGUUAAAGAAGACUAUUGCAUUCAUUUCAGACAGCAUUUUAUUCUCGUCAGAAGGAAAUAAACUGGCCAUGGGGCAGGAAUUCAUCCAGUCCGGUGAACUGGUGGUCUGUGUGCCUGGAGUUUGCAUGUUCUCUCCGUGCUUGAUAUUUCCUAACGUGACACUUCUUAUCGAUCACGAAGCAUGUAAGGAGCCAUGGCGAGUUUCUAAAAAGUCUGACCCAACACGCAUCAGUGGAACCUUUAAAUGUAUUGAGGAUACCUUUUUGGAACUUUCACGCAAGCAGAGUGGUCAUAGUGGUCCGUACGGGGCACCUAAAGAGAGGAGCAGCGAAUACGAGCACACAUCACCCACGAUGAAGUCGGCUUCCAGUGCGACAGUUGAACCGGUUGAGGUCGACGAUGUCAUCAUGAGUUACAUAAAACAAAAAUGCUCUGCAGAGCUCAAUAAAAUCACUCCUUCUAAGAUAAGCAUGCAAGUUAAUAAAACUCAGGUGACCUUUCACCCACAGGACACAGUCCUGGCUCAACUGGCAAGAGAGAGCUUUGUAACUUUCUAUCAGAAAAUCGCUACGACACUGCAGAGUAGAUCAUAUGAUUUAGACGCAAGGCACCAUCAGCCAUUGUUUGCAAAGUUUCCAGAGCUCCUAAUCAGCAGUGGACCAAGGCAAACCGAUGAAGUAACGCUCACUGGGAGAUUCAUUAGCCUUGAAAAGUUCGAGCAGUUUUUGAAAAUUCCUUCUCCAAGACAAACCAACAACCCCGUGAACAUGAGCGCUGCUGCCUCCAGCCAGGCGGUACAGAAUACAAGCGCUGACAAAGAGGAAACCUGUUCCAUUUGUUUGGAGCCAAUGGUGAAAUCAGAAAUAAAAAUGCUGGAGAAAUGUAAGCAUUCCUUCUGUAAAGACUGUUUAAAGCAAGCUUUUAAAGUUAAACCCGUCUGUCCUACAUGCGGCCUUAUAUAUGGUGCGCUAAAUGGAACCCAACCCAAAGGAGGCAAAAUGAAAGUCACGCAUGAAAGGGAUUCUUUACCUGGUUAUGAAAAAUAUGGAACAAUCGUCAUUCACUAUAUCAUUCCAAAUGGGGUUCAGAAGGAUGAACACCCAAAUCCAGGCCAGCCUUACCAAGGUGCUGUACGUUUGGCCUACUUGCCAGACUGCACAGAAGGAAGAAAAGUCCUUAAGCUCCUUCAACAAGCAUUUGAUCAAAGGUUAACCUUCACAGUCGGACGGUCAUCAACCACUGGCAGAAGUAACGUUGUCACCUGGAAUGACAUUCACCACAAGACAUCCCGCACUGGUGGACCUACUGCUUACGGGUACCCAGACUCUGAAUAUUUGAAACGAGUCCAAGAGGAGCUGAAAGAUAAAGGAAUUUACUGACAUUUAAUACAGACUAAGCUUUGGCAGCCAUGUAAAACUAGCACAGGACAAACACUACCAAAACUUGUGAAAACUUGUGUGAAAAUGAUUCCUCAUGCACUUUCACAAACUGAAUCCUGGAAUAUAGUAUGCCUGUGCAAUCAGAAAAAAUUAAAAACUUUAUAGGUGUGAUAACCUGUUCAUUCAGGUCAUCAGCUGACUUAAUUUUUUUACCACAUUAGCUGAAGUAACCGUCAUCGACAUCAAAAGAGUUAAAAAUAGUAGAAAUAGUUAAAAAAUUUUAAAGCUAAGAAAUAUUGUUGCAAGGGCCCAAGCACCCUGCGCCAUCACCACCCAGGCACACCACACAACCUGUUUAUCUUUUGAGCGUGUUAAGACCUACAAAAAGCCAUCGCCGUCCGGGUGCACUUUGACAUAAUAGGGCUGAUGUCAGCUUGGGCCCUAAAUAUUUACAUUUGUGCUGUGUAUGUAUGUAGAAUAGGCCGCAGAUACUGGAAAAAAAGCAUCACGCUAUGAUGUCACUGAACUUAAUGUUAAAAGUUUUGUCUUAGCAUUUUAAAAGUCACUUACAGUGCAAAAGAUUUUAUACCCCUUUAAACUUUUCCACAUUUUGUUACGUUACAACCACAAACAUAAAUGUGUUUUAUUGGCCUUUUUAUGUGAUAGACCAACACAAAGUGACACAUAAUUAAAGGGGGAAGGCUUAAAAGUGUGGUGUACAUUUCUAUUUACCCCCCUUCACUUUAAUAUUUGACUCUUCUGAAAUUGUGGCUUUUUUUGACCAGGCAGUGUAAAGUGGUACCUCGGCAUACAAAUUUAACGCUCCGGAGGCGAGUUCUUAAAUUUCAUUUUGCAAAACACAUUUUUUCAUAGGAAAUAAAGUAAAUGCAGCCACCUAAAAAUAUUACAAAUUAUCCUCACUACAAGUGUAAGUGUAGUAAAUAAGAAGCUAGUGCGCUAGGGUGUACUGUAUCAGCCUUUGAUCAUCGGUUAGAGAGGGAUUUGGGAUUCAGCUUUUUAUUAGAAGCUAGCUAGCUUUGUAGCUCACAUUAGCAAUGAAUGAAACAUGGACGGUUCAGAGCCGUUCAGGCUGAUGUACCACUUAUUGAGGUACUGUAUUAUUUCAAAUAAAAUGUUAAUGACUGAAGUGUUAUGAUCCUUUUUUUUUCUUUAUAUCUGUUGAAUAAUUGUUCCAUAUGUUAAAUUGAUCGGAAUGUACAUUCACAGACUUGAUUACUGUCUCUGACAAUGAAUAUUAAAUGAUUACGUGAUAACUAGAGAGGAGGUCUUUUGUAAAAAAAUAUUUUAUACAAGCAAGUUUUCAGGUGUAGGAGAGAAUCCAAAAUGACAGAUGGAACACAUGUCGGCCACAUCCACAAACUACUGUAUUCAUUCUUGUCGAAUAUGAACAAAACCUGGAAAUGUACUUUCUGUUGGUUUCAUUAAAGAGGAGAUGAGCGUCA